AUGGGAUGGAAAAUAAAAACUUUGGAUAAGCCUCUAAUAAGAUUUUUUAAAUAUUAUACAAAAUAUUUUUUAGUUGACUAUUAUCCUGUAUUUAUUUUUCUUCCUCUCCUUCUUACAUUCUUCUUAUCCGGAGGAUUUUAUUGGAUAAAAGAAUUAACAUUAUUAGAUGCAAAAAAACUAUACACUCCUGCAACUGCUCCAGUUUGGAAUGAAGAAAAAAUUUUAAGAGAAUUAUGGCCUGUCAAACCAAAUGAAUUUUUACCUGAACGAACUUUUGAAUGGAAUAGAUAUUUAUAUGUAGUUGUUCAUGGAAAAAAACAGGUUAAUGAAAAUGGAAUACUUGAUUAUCCAAAUAUUCUUAAAGGAAAUUAUUUAAAGGAUAUUGAAAUAAUUGAAAAAGAAAUUGCUGAAAAUGUUUCAUUUCCAUUUUUAAAUAAAUGGAAAAAAACAUUUAAUAGUAGUGAUAUUAAAAAUUUAGAGAAAAAAAAAUUUAUAACUUUUAAUGAUAUUUGUUUAAAUUGGGAAGGUGAAUGUUAUAGACAAAAUUCAAUAAUAACAUUACUCCAAAGAAAAGAUGAACUUGAAGCUCAUGGUAUUGGUGUUACAUUUCCUCGUGCUAAUACAAAUGGUUCACCAAUAUAUAUGGCAUUUAAUGUUGGUGGUGUUGAGACAUAUAAAAAUGAUUCUAUAAAAAUAGCUAAAGCAAUGAGACUUUUUUAUUUUUUACGUUUUGAUAGUAAAAAUUAUAAUGAAAUGGCUAUGAAAUGGGAAGAUGAAGCUAGUAAAUUUAUUGUACAAAAGUAUUCUAAUCAUCCAAAUAUAACAUUACAUAUUAAACAUUCAAGAAUUAUUGAUAUUGGUCUUACAAAUAAUGCAAAUCGUUUAAAACCAUAUUUUGCUGUUACUGUUAUUGUAUUAAUUACUUUUACAGCAAUAUAUUCAAUGAAAUUUAUAUAUAACAAAAAUUUUUCAUACAUUCCAAUUAGAAUUGAUUUUUUACGUUCAAAACCAAUUCUUGCAUUAGGUGGUGUUUUAUGUUCAGGUAUGGCUAUAGCAAGUGGUAUUGGAUUAUUAUUAUGGUGUGGAUAUUUUUUUGCUGAAAUAACACUUGUUGCACCAUUUUUAGUACUUUCAAUUGGUGUUGAUGAUAUGUUUAUAACUGUUGCUGCAUGGCAUAAUAGUGAAUCAUUAUAUCCACAAAAAACAAAUGAAGCAUUAAAAGAAAGAAUGAUUCAUUCAAUGGGUGAAGCAGCUAUUGCAAUAUUUAUAACAAGUAUAACAGAUGUUUUAUCAUUUGCUGUUGGUACAUUUACAGAUAUUCUUGCUGUAAAAGGUUUUUGUGCUAUGACAACAGCAUGUAUGUUUUUUACAUUUAUUUAUCAAGUUACAUUUUUUGCUGCAUUAAUGAUAUUUAGUGCAAAAUUUGAAAUUGAUGGUAAAAAUUCUAUUAUACCAUGUAUAAAAGCAAAAGAUUAUCAUCAUUCAUUUUAUUCAAAGAACAAAAAAUGUAAUAAUGAUAAUGAAGAUACAUUUGAUAUUAAAUCACAUAAAAAUAUUAAAUUUGUUGUUAAAGGACCUAAUAAUACAAUUGAAGCUAAAGAGGAUAAUAUUGAUUUUAAUGAAAGAUCCAAUGAAGCUAUGGCAUCAUUUUUUAGAAAAUAUUAUGUUCCCUUUUUAUUAAAUAUUAAAACAAAAAUUUUUAUUGGUUUUAUAUUUAUAAUAUAUCUUAUUAUAUCAAUAUAUGGUAUAACACAAAUGGAACAAGGUUUAGAUUAUGAUAAAUUAAUGAUAAAAUCAGAUCCUAUUGUUACAGCAAUUGCAACAGAAAUACAAUUAUUUCAUGGUGGUGAUCAAAUUGUUAUUGCUUUUGUUAAUUUACCAAAUAUUACAAUAAAAGAAAAUAGAGAUAAGCUUGAAGAAAUAGUUAAUAAAUUUGAAAGUAAUAUACGUUUUAGUAUUGGUAAAAAAGGAACACAAUAUUGGUUAAGAGAAUAUAUAAAAUAUGCUAAUGUAACAGAAACAUAUCUUCAAGAUGAUCAUUAUUCAUGGAUACGUGGUGUAUAUGAAUGGUCACAUUUAUUUGCUUUUUAUAAAACAUGGGGACAAGAUUUUGUUUGGGAAAAUGAAAAUGAUAUGGAUAAUCUUGUUAUGAAAUCAUUUAGAUUUCGUAUUGGUGUAACUGAAUUUAAUACAGCUUCUGAUUUAGUUGAAGUAACAAGUAAUUUACGUAAUAUAUGUGAUGAAUAUCCUGAAUAUAAUAUUAUUACAUAUCAACAAUCACGUCCAAUUGCAGAUCAAUUAAAUGUUCUACUUCCAAAUACAAUGCAAAAUGAUUCAUUAGCCAUUCUUUGUAUGAUAUUUAUUGCAUUAUUAUUUAUACCUAAUCCAAUUUGCACAUUAUGGAUAACAAUUGCAAUGUUAACAAUUGAUAUUGGAGUAAUAGGAUUUUUAUCAUUAUGGGAAGUUAAACUUGAUCCAAUUUCACAAAUAACACUUAUUCUUGCUAUUGGAUUUUCAAUAGAAUUUAGUGCACAUGUAACUUAUGGUUUUAUAAGUAAUGAAAAUAAAACAUCACCAAAAGAAAGGUGUAUUGAGGCUAUGGAAAAAUUAGCAUGGCCUGUUGUACAUGGAAGUCUUUCAACAAUUCUUGGUGUUUGUAUACUUGCUUUCAUAAAUUCAUAUAUGGUUCUUGUCUUUUUUAAAACUAUCUUUUUAGUAUUAAUUAUAGGAGCAUUUCAUGCAUUAGUAUUACUUCCAAUAAUUUUAAGUAUAACUGUUAAAUGGACAGAUAAAAUUAAUGAUUAUCAAAAUGAAAAAACAACUACAGUUGUUUGUUAUAAGAAAGAUCAAUCAGGAUGCGUAAAUAAUCAUGAUAAAGAUAUACAAUAA